UCCGCGUAUACAAAACGAUUUAGAGCGGCCAUUUUCACGUUGUGGCGUCAUUUUAUCUCUGUUUGGCGUCAACUGUUGUUAUAUAAUCCUUGAAUCAUGGCUGAUAAUGAUGACCUUCUGGAUUACGAGGAUGAGGAACAGGCAGAAGCAGUCGUCGAUGGAAGUGGAGAUGCACCUGCAAAGAAAGAAGUCAAGGGUACCUACGUCUCGAUACACAGUAGUGGUUUCAGAGAUUUUUUGUUGAAACCAGAAAUUCUCAGAGCUAUUGUUGACUGUGGUUUUGAGCAUCCUUCUGAAGUACAACAUGAAUGCAUUCCACAGGCUGUUCUUGGCAUGGAUAUUCUUUGCCAAGCAAAGUCUGGUAUGGGGAAGACAGCUGUCUUCGUUUUGGCAACCUUGCAGCAGCUCGAACUUACUGAAAAUCAAGUAUACGUGUUGGUGAUGUGCCACACACGAGAGCUUGCAUUCCAAAUCAGCAAAGAAUAUGAACGGUUCAGCAAAUACAUGCCUCAAGUCAAGAUUGGUGUAUUCUUUGGCGGUUUACCGAUCCAAAAAGAUGAAGAGGUUCUCAAAAACACCUGCCCACACAUUGUGGUAGGAACACCCGGUCGCAUUCUUGCUCUUGUACGAACGAAGAAGCUCAAUUUAAAACAUCUAAAGCAUUUCAUUCUUGAUGAAUGUGACAAAAUGCUCGAAUUAUUAGACAUGAGAAGAGAUGUACAAGAGAUCUUUCGAAGCACUCCACAUAGCAAACAAGUAAUGAUGUUCAGCGCCACAUUAUCCAAGGACAUUCGACCAGUCUGCAAAAAAUUUAUGCAAGAUCCAAUGGAAAUAUUCGUUGAUGAUGAGGCUAAACUUACUCUCCAUGGUCUUCAACAACAUUAUGUUAAAUUAAAGGAAAAUGAAAAGAACAAGAAAUUAUUUGAGCUACUUGAUGUCUUGGAAUUCAAUCAGGUCGUCAUCUUCGUUAAAUCCGUUCAAAGAUGUAUGGCUCUCGCACAAUUAUUAACUGAACAAAAUUUUCCUGCCAUUGGAAUUCAUAGAGGAAUGACACAAGAAGAACGGCUUUCAAGAUAUCAGCAAUUCAAGGAUUUCCAAAAGCGUAUAUUGGUAGCAACUAAUUUGUUUGGACGAGGAAUGGAUAUUGAAAGAGUAAACAUUGUAUUCAACUAUGAUAUGCCUGAAAAUUCAGACACUUAUUUGCAUCGAGUAGCACGAGCUGGACGUUUUGGUACGAAAGGAUUAGCUAUUACCCUCGUCAGUGAUGAAAGUGAUGCAAAAAUAUUGAACGAUGUCCAAGAGAGAUUCGACGUCAACAUUUCUGAGUUACCAGAUGAAAUCGAUUUGGCAUCAUACAUCGAAGGCCGAUAGAUACUCAUUAGUAAUAAUAAUAAAUACGAUUACAAAUGUUGCCAAGAUGGCAUCAAGUUGGUCCACGGAUUGUGAUGGAACAACUAAGAAUUCAUUAAAGGGAUCAUGCGUUUUCCCUUAUUUUUUCAUAUUUUCAUUUUGACAUAAAUAGAUAGAAUAACUUUGACGUGAAGAACAGAAGAUAAGAAUAAUUACUUAUAAUAGCCAUAAUCUUGGAUUGUUUUUAGUACUCCGUUGAGGACGUUUGAUAAAUAUUUCAUUAUUAUAACAAAAUGACAUUUUUUUAAUAACGCUACGUAAAUAAUUAUUGAUUGAAUCCACUGAACAUAGAAAAUAAUGAAUGUGUGUAGUAAUUUUUGUGCAUUAAUAAAAUAGAUUCAGGAUAACAUUUAAGAAGCACAAAUAAAAGUCUACUCUUGAGUUGAAUAAUUAUGGCAAUUGAAAUAAUGAGUUAACGAAAAAUAGCAAUGUAAUUUUUUAUUUAUUUAAUGCAUUAAAGUUGUAAUUAUUAUUGUAA